AUGAGGCCGCUGGCCUCGCGUCUUCAGCCGCAUACGCUUCCCAGAGUCACACGGCCGUUCUCCGCCUCCGCAGCCAGGUCGUAUGAGUACAUCCAAACAUCAGAGCCCAAACCGGGCGUCGGUCAAGUGACUCUGCACCGACCCAAGGCCCUGAACGCGCUAUGCACGCCUCUCAUCACCGAGCUCAACCAGGCCCUGGGCGAGUUCAACUCGUCGGACAGCGUCUCGGUCAUCAUCCUGACCGGUUCGGAGAAGGCGUUCGCAGCCGGCGCGGACAUCAAGGAGAUGGCGCCCCUCACUUUCUCCAAGGCAUACACCACGAGCUUCAUCGAGUCGUGGUCACAGCUCGCCACGCAGGUCAAGAAGCCCAUCAUCGCGGCCGUGUCGGGCCACGCGCUGGGCGGCGGCUGCGAGCUGGCCAUGAUGUGCGAUAUCCUGUACUGCACCGAGUCGGCCAACUUCGGACAGCCGGAGAUCAAGCUGGGCACGAUUCCCGGCGCGGGCGGAAGCCAGCGGCUCACCCGGGCGGUGGGCAAAUCAAAGGCCAUGGAGCUCAUCCUGACGGGCAAGUCCUUCUCCGGGGUGGACGCCGCACAAUGGGGCCUGGCUGCGAAGGCCUUCCCCAGCUACGAGGCGCUCAUGGAGGGAACGAUGAAGACGGCUGAGACUAUUGCGGGCUACUCGAAGGUAGCUAUCAUCGGGGCCAAGGAGGUGGUCAACAAGAGCCAGGACCUGCCCCUGAGGGACGGCGUCGAGUACGAGAGGAGAGUAUUCCACGGCAUCUUUGGCAGUCAGGAUCAGAAGAUUGGCAUGAAGGCUUUUGCGGAGAAGAAGAAGGCCGAGUGGACGCAUGAGUAA